CCUAUAGUGCAUCGGCUAGCUAGCCUACCUGACACAGGUAAAUAGUUUCUGUGUGACGUAGGCUAUAGACUGUUCACUUUACUGUUCUCAUCAGGACUCAGCACACUGCGCCUGCGUUCUCAGCAUUUUGGAACAGUGUCGCUAUUGUUUGCGAAUCAACAGCUUGCGAACAUAGUUUAUGGUAGAUAGGAAACCAAAAAGGUAUUUGACGUUGCUAUUUCAAAUGUAUUUUAUCCUUUAAAGUCCUUUUCAGAGCUAACGGAGAAUCGCCCAAGUGGAGUUUCAAGCGUAGGAAAAGGAAGAUUUGCUACAGGUUGUUUUCAAAUGUUCUAGAUCGGUCCGCGUAGGCUACCUUCGUGCCCCCUGUGGAUUUACUUGAACAGCGAGAAUGCCUUUGGGACUGAGGAAAAAGAAAAACAAAUCAAAAGAAAGUUCUAAUUUGGUUGAGAAUGAAGAGGUUGACGGAGUUGGAGGAAGCGCCAGCAAGUCUUCCGUGAAUGGUGGCGGAUUGCCACCUCCACCUGCCAGCCUGCGACCGAAACUGGUGUUUCACACUCAGCUCGCCCACGGGAGUCCUACUGGCAGGAUUGAGGGAUUCACGAACGUGAAAGAGCUUUACAGCAAAAUAGCCGAGGCGUUUAAUUUAAGCCCACCAGAGAUUUUAUUUUGCACCCUGAACACCCACAAGAUUGAUAUGGAGAAGCUUCUGGGUGGGCAGAUCGGCCUGGAGGAUUUCAUCUUCGCUCAUAUCAAAGGGCAAAAGAAGGAAGUGGAGAUUUUCAAGGCCGAGGAAGCCUUGGGGCUCACCAUCACAGAUAAUGGAGCUGGUUAUGCCUUUAUCAAGCGAAUUAAAGAGGGCAGUGUAGUGGAUACCGUGAAGGUGAUUUGCGUGGGUGAUCACAUUGAGUGCAUUAAUGGGAAGAACAUUGUGGGCACCCGUCAUUACGAGGUGGCACGCAUGCUGAAGGAGCUGCCCAAAGGAGAGGCCUUCACCCUCAAACUGGUGGAGCCCAUGAAAGCCUUUGAUAUGUUGGAGCCCAGGUCAAGGGGAGCCAAACCUGCUGGGGAAAACAAAAUUGCCUCUGGCAGAGGAACCUUGAGACUGCGCUCUAAAGGACCCGCCACGGUUGAGGAAGUGCCAACGGAGUUUGAGGAGAAAGCAGUGAAGAAAGUGGAUGAUCUUCUGGAGAGUUACAUGGGAAUCCGUGACACAGAGCUGGCUGCCACCAUGGUGGAAGUGGGUCGAGACAAGAAUAACCCAGACGAGUUUGCAAUGGCUUUGGAUGAAACUCUCGGUGACUUUGCCUUCCCAGAUGAGUUUGUGUUUGAUGUUUGGGGAGCCAUCGGUGAUGCCAAGCAAGGACGCUUCUAAGGCCCUGUGGCCCUUUCUGACUGACUGAGUGCGGUCAAUGGGAUUCUGUCUUGUGUGCACACAUAGAGUGUAGUCCUGCAAUAGUGAUUCUCAGACAUCAUGCUAUAUUCCAAGUGUACUUAUACCUGAGCUCUGAUCGGCACAAUGGACCCUCACUGAAUAUUCAUUAUGCCUCUGCUCUGGCAUGCGCAAAUUUCUUUGACUAAACUGAACUGGAGGAAUUUUAUAGCAAGGGAGAAAUAUAUUGCUUUUCUAAGUUAAGAAUGUGGAGGUUCAGCAGCACUUCCGUCCAAGUCAUCACACUGAAAUUAGAGUCCGCAUUUGUUGUAUGGUUUCACAUUUUCACUUUGUAUCUGAUGAUAUCCCCAUGUCUGUAUAACCAUAAGUCUUACUUUUAUCUGCACAUUCCUAGCAAACAACAGCUUUUUCCCCCUUAAAUGUUUUAUGUUUGUAUUGUUAUGAUAUCUGCCACAGUGAAUAGGCUAGCUCACACUAGCUCUGGAUUUGUGGGAAAAGUAUGAUAGUGGUGGUUCAGUUAAAUUAUAUAAUGUGAACUUUUGUUUAGUGUUCCUGAAAAUAUAUGAUUUUGUAGAAAUUUAGCCAUGGAAGGGGGAUAAAAAGGGUUUUUUAAAACUAACAACUUGUUAUUGUUUUUUGUACAUAGUGCUGACCUAUAAUUUUGAUUUGAUAGACAAACGAUUAUAUUUUUGAUCUUUUAAUUUAUUUGUUGAUUUAAAUGGUUAUAAGAUGUAUGGAAAAGGAAAACAUUUUAUUGUCAACAAUUAAAUAAACCUAAGCACUUGAAGCU